UCGCACGUAAUGGACGCCUGUAUUCGGUGCAGGAAGUAAAAGAUUGACGUAAUUAAACUCUUGAUAGUUGUGCUUCGUUGGGCAGCCGCCCCCCCCCUCAUAUUAUAGUAUUUGUUGUGCUUUUUAAUACACAUUUAGGAUUAGGAAUUCUGAGACAGCAUCCACGGAGUGUCCACACGCAACACACUGUUGCGAAAUACUAUUAGACAGUAGGACUGCCCCGCCAUGUCUUGCCGCCACGUCAACUCUGGCGGCUACCGGUGCUCGCGGGCAUCCCUCCCGGCACACCGCGGCUACUGCCGCCAGCACGCGUCCCUGCUCCACCUCCCGCCCCCGGUACCUGCCCCGUCGCAACCGUCCCGCCGGGGCGGCAGGGGGGGCGGAGCCGGCAGACCGGUGGCGACACCUGCGGCCGUGACUGUGACUGUGCCGCACAGUGCACCCGAGGCGAGGCGACGGAGCUCUUCCGUCGGGCGCACGCCGACCGUCGAACAACUUCUCGGCCGCAUAGACCGGCUCCGUGCUUCCUCUCCGAGUGCAGAGUCGGCGUGGUCGGAAGACAGCGACCACGAGACACCGACACUCGGAUCGUCACGGCAGUAUGCUGGUAGUGGGUGCACCGGAGACUCGUCGGGGGCGGAAUCGGGCCCGGAAGGCCUGGAGCCCGUGGACCUCCUGCACCACGCCGGCGUGUACACGGCGGAGGAGGCGGCCCUGCUCGCCCGCGACAAGCUGGUGCGGCAGCAGGCUCUCUACAUACAGCAGUUUUCCAGGUUACAACACCUGUUGCGCGAGGGUCGACGCAGGUACUUACACGAGCUGAAACUGGAACGCCAGGCCGAAGCCGACGCGGCAAAGGAACGUCAGCUCGCGGCAGAGGCCGGGGAAGAGAACUCGGAGCGGACGGGCCUGUCGGAACGGGGUUCCACCUCGGACGCGGUCCCCGGCAGGAGCAGCGGGCGGGGCACACCGCAGCGGAGCCGGUACGAUGCGGAGGAGAAGCUGCGCGCCACGUGGCGCUACCACCGGCACCGCGGGGUGUGUGCGGUCCUGCGCCGCAAGUCGUGGGAACGCCGGGCCGACACCCCUGCCCCUCCGGGACCGCGCUGCAUCCACACGGAAGGCGGCGUCAGGUGCAGCGAGCGAUGCCUUCCAGCGAGCAAGUACUGCCUAAAGCACAUCUUAAACGACCCAAACCAGAUGCUCUACGUCCCCUGUGUCGGCCGCCGUAACUUGACCUUGGAGCAGCGUGACGAGGAAUUUUCCAAAAGCAGGAGGAAGGCACGCCGUACUUCGACUGGUAGCAGAGCCAGUGGUGCCAACACGAGCAGGCAACCCGUAGUGAAGAGUUGCCGGACCAGCGCACGAGCGUGUGCGAGGGGCGUGAAUCCCGCAGUCGCGGCAGUGCUGGCGGCGAGAGGCAGGGCAGUUUCCGUCGGUAGGAUGGCUGCGUCAAGGUCGAGGGCGGCUGCUGCCGGCCGUAAGGAGGCGGUGGCCAGAGCCGCGGCCCCCAGCCCCAGGAAGAGGGGCGCGGCCGCCCGAGCGGCUCCCGCCAGGUCCACUCCUGCGAGACCCGCUCCCACCAGGCCUGCUCCCGCCAGAUCAGCUUCCACCAGGGGAGCUCCCGCCAGAGCGGCUCACGCCAGGGCUGCUCCUGCGAGAGCCGCAGCCGCCAGAACUUCCCCCGCCAGAGCUGCUCCCGCCAGAGCGAGAUCUGUUCCCGCCAAGGUGGAGAAAGCCCGCUCGUCCGAGGGCUCGGCUGCAGUCGUGGCGGCCGGUACUUCAGGAAGGGGGCGCCCCUUCGGGUCGGCGGACUCGGUCACCCGACAGAGUGUAGUGAAGACGGAAAAGGCAGCCACUGUGAAGAAUGAGGAUACCGGCACAGGAAGUGCACGUACUUUUAAGACAGUAGACGUGCACACCCCGAAGAAAGUACCGAAGACGGAAAAGGUGGCGCAGGUCACCGCCACCGUGAAGAGCGAGGAUGUCGCCGUGGGAAGAGUACGCACCUUCGAGUCGGUAGAUGUGGGCAUCCCGCAGAGAGUACUCGAGCCGGAAAAGGUGAAGAAGGUCGCCACCAACGUGAAGCGCGAGGAUACUGCCGCGAGGAGGCCGCGCACCUUCGAGUCGAUAGACCUGCGCACCCUGCAGAGUGUAGUCGAGUCGGAAAAGGCGGCGCGGGCUGCCGCCGCCGUGAAGAAUAAGGAUGCUGCCGCUUUCGCAGCUGCUUUGGGUGUGGAGAAGACGCCGUCUCUGGAAAAGCUGGUGCGGCGGAGGAAACUCGCCCGGAUGGCGGACGCGAUCGAGAAGCGCGACGCGGCCGCCCUCCUGGCCGCCAGGACGUCUGGCAGAAAGUCCGAGAGUUCUCCGGGGAAGGUGGCAGUGUCGGAGGAAAUCCGAGAGGAGUCGACUCGAGAAGUGACCGACGACUCUAAAAAGGUCGCAGUUCCGGCAGCCGUGCCGCAGCCGGAAGGAGCAGUGCGGCCGGCGUCCGCCUCGAAAUCCGAAGGUGCGGCGACAGUGAUCGCCGCACUGAAGUCGAAGGACGCCGGGGUGGUGGCGGCCGCACUCGGAGCAAAGGGUGCCGCAGCACUGGCCGUUGCCCUGGAGCCGGAUCGCACUCCGGCUGAGUCCGGGAGUCGGUCGGCCGUACCCGACGGGGCCACGGUAAGAGUCCCGUCAGCUCGGUCUCAGAGUCUGGAAAGUCUAGAGGUGGCGAAAGCACUGGCCGCUCUGAAGUUCAAGGACUCUGCUGCACUGCUGGAUUCCCUCAAACCUGCAGACCACGCGACUCUGAUGGCCGCCGUCAGGACCAGGGACAAGAGCGUCAUCAGGUCAGUCCUCAGGUCGGAAGGUGUCGCGCCGAUAGUAGCCGACUUGAGGGCGAAGGGCCUGCUCGUUCCGUCAAAAUCUGAGGCCGCGAACCCGGCGACGACCGAGGGCAGACUCGCGACGACGACCGUCGUCCCGAAGGACUCGGCCGCGUGCGGGGGUGUCUCCGAGACCCGCAGACCCGGUGGAGCGGCGGCGAGGUCCGCUACUGCGGAGUCUGGAGAUCCGCGUGUGGCGGUUUCGAGCGACCGGGCGGCCCCGGUGGCCGCACUGAGGUCUAGGAAUGCCGGCGCUGUGGCGGCCGCUCUCAGGUCGAGGAACUCGGCAGCCGCGUCUGCUGCACUCGAGUCCGGGCCGACGGCGACCUCCCCCGGGUCGAAAGCGGUCAGGGCCCGGGGGCUCGCACUCAAGGCCAAGGUGCCGGCCGGCGCGAGGACGAAGAGUGCCGCAGCCAAGGCGGCCGCGGCCAAGCUCAAGGCGGCUGCGCUGGCGGCGAGGAAGGUGAAGAAGAGGGAGCACUGCCAGGAACCCGUGCUGCGCGUGUUCGAGGUGGACAUGCGCUGCCCCUGGCACACGGUGUACGUCCCCGGCGACCGACACGCUACCGAGGGUAAGGUGGGAAUUGCCGGUGUGCCGAAGGAGGAAGUAAAGGUGCCGAAAGGAGAGGCGGUCGAGGACUGCGAGGCCACGUGUUUUGGCCCCGCAAACAAGAAAAUUAAGAUGGAGUUAGACGAACUGAUGCCUAACAUUGGUGGCAUUAUAGAGGAAGUGGAAAUGAAGAUGGAGACGAACGACGAGGUGGCAGACGAUAUGGCCAGUGUGAGCGGCAGCGGCAACCAUGCGGACCUGUCGACCGAGUCGACGCUGUCGGCGACGUCUCCUCGAGCUGACGAAGACAUAGACGACGACUGCCGGGAUGUGGACAUGGACAUGGAUGCGGGGGAGGUGAUGCUGCAGCCGCCUCUGGGGGCAGACGAAGCUGACCUUGUGGCGGUGGCGCAGGGUGUCGCCAUGGUCGGGGCGGAGGAGGAAGUUGCCGGUCAGCAGGAUGAAGAUUCACUUACAAAUCCACCAGUUGCUGUUGACGAAGUAGAGGUUUCCUAAGAACGCUGGAUUGCGUGCAGUACAUUUUCCAUGCCACAGAAGAUACAGUGUUGAACUGUUGCAGAAUGAUUUAUUUAUUUUGAAUGUCAUGAAUUCUGUGUAGGUAGUCAAGAAAUUGUUAACGACUAUUGAAAGAAUUUGUGUGCAGCAGCUGAGCUGUGAUCUGACACUCUUGUAUGCCAAUUUGCCAUCUUGUAGUGUCGUCAAGAAGCUUGCAUAUUGGAUGUAAUGGAAGAGUCUAUUUGCGGCGGGUACACAUUCGCAUACCUGUGCAUGCGCUUCUGUCUUCACUGUGUCCUUAUUUCUCAAAUGUGUCAGGUGCAACCAAAAGUGAGUUAUCCUGUAAUCAUUCCAUACCUCUCCCAUCCCCUUCCUCAUAUACCUGUGAUCUCAUUGCUUACUUCUACAACUGGAAGUUAGCCCAUAGUUCUUGUUCACAUGGUCCUUUUUUUUUUUUUACCAGAAGAUAAUGGCAUAAUGUAGCAUGUUGUAACUAGGAUUAGAAGACAUAUAUACUAAUAUAGUAAGCUGAUAGUAUGUUUUCACAUAGCUGUUGUCACAAGUUACGGAGAAAUUAGUCGAGUUUUGGCAGGACGGAGAACAAUCUUUUAUUUUCUAGUACUGCUGUUAUUACUAAUACUGUGGAACUGGGGAAAUGAACUGUGAUUACUGUUUUCACCUCCCCGAGAACCCACCGAGAGAGAGUUACUCUUUUUUUGUGUUUGUAUAUUUUGUGAAAGAAGGUUUGGGCAUUGUAAUUGUAAGUGUGAAAUACUCUUUUCUCAUUAAUUGUUGCAAAUGGUGCGUGUUUUCCUGUAAGUGUAGGAACAGUUUUUUUGUUAAAUUUACUCAGAAUGAUUUAAUCUGUGACUGACAUUUGGAAGUCUGUGCAUUGUCUGCUCUCAUCCUGCCUUGUUGACGGAAAGUGAAAAGUACUCAAUUUGUGUUACUGAUCAGAAGAAGAAUGCAGAACUGAUUGCUUCUUUUCAUUAUUAUUGUGUAGUAUUUAUAUAGUGAGAUGCUUGCUUUCAGGUGUUUCUGUGUGAGUGUACUUUUUCCAUUUCUCUAUCUUCAUGGUAAAAUGAACAUUUUUCUCCAGUAUUUGAUUAGCUUUGAUGUUGUAUUACCCUAUCAAUAUUUAGAGAAUGAAUAUAAUUAUACCCUUGUCAUAAAUAAACAGAUACUUGUCUCCUCUAAAUCAGACACGCCUUCCCCCAUUUUGCCAUUACACCUUACGCUACAUUGAUGUUUGUAAGAGAAAAUAUAGUAUUAAGGUACUGUUGUUUCUGAAAGUAUGUGACAUAAUUCGAGCAAGUUCUUGAGUUGUAGGCAGCUUCUGACGUAGCUAGGAUUAGAACUGCAUUGUACUUUUUUCAAAGUCAUACAUUAUAUAUUGGUUUUGUUUCACCCAAUUGAUCACAAUACUGUUCUUUGUGGCAGUGGUAAUGUAAAUUAUAAACUAGCACAAUUUCAUUACUAUUGCAAUUUUCUGCGUAUGUUUUUUCUUGUAGUUACCAGAUGCACGGCUGUAAAUAUUUUAACUAAAUUUAUGACACUGUGGAGAAAUUCUGUUAUCUGUGGCCUUUACUAAGGGGGCCCAAGUACUUCAGUCUUUUGUCUGAGAUUAAUUUUCCAUAACUGUAGAUGUUUGCUGCCAUGUAGGUUCCUGGGAGUGGCUUUGUAUAUUUGUACUCUUCCUGCUUCUGUUCUCACCACCAGUUUUGAGUGUAAGGUGAUAAAUAUUAAAGGGGAACGGCGUGGUGAGAGACAUUCUUGAUCUCAUUUUGGACAGAUUUAUGCCAUAAUUGAAUGCAAAUCAGAAUUCUCACAAUUAUGUUUUUCAUUCUGUUUUCUUCGUUUAUUUAGAAGCAAUAAAGACCACUCAAUAGUUGUAUGUAUUCUCCUUCCAAUAGUAGUCAAUGUUCUCUGUGAAUUGUAAUGUAUUUUUCUGAUGUACGUAUUUAUGUUAAUAUACACAUUUCAAUACUGCUUAAUGCACAUUCUCAGUAAAGCAUCUGAUGCAAGCGGCUGAAUCGAUAGAAAUUGAAUGCUGUAGAUCAGUAUUGACUGCUUUCUGGUUGUUGCCAACUUUACUCGUCAAAUAACACUGUGAUUAGUAUGUCUGUGUCUAAAAACUCUUGUAAGUGAUACACUGAAUUAGCAGUCACUAGCACAUAAUUCGAAAUCCUCUUAUUUAUUGACAUAUUGAGUGCAUUAAAGUUGGUUUUAACCAGAAGACAGUCAGUACCACUCGACGUCCUUACAUUUAUGUCGAUUCGGCUGCUGUCGUCAAGUGUCUCAUCAGGAGUUGACUUAGAGUGUGCAUGUAGUACCUAUUAUUGUCAGCACUGUUUGUUGUAAUUAUAUCUUGAAUGUUGCCAGUAACUAAUAGCUGUAGAUACCACCCUGUACACACUGAUUUAUUACAAAAAAAAUGUUGUGUUCUUUAUUUUUAUUAUCUAAAGUUUCCAUUAUGUAUUUACCUGUAGUAAUUAUACAAGGUGUCAAUAAAGUUUUCUUGGCUUGCAGAA